AGAGAAAGUAGGCAGCCGAAACAUAAACAAUAAAAAACAUGAACAAAAAGAAUUGCAAUAAGCAGUUUGUGGUGGUUGGGAAUCCUGAUAAGGAAGAUACCAGACCUUUUGUUUGGAGAUGUUUAGAUGAAAUAGGUAAUAGAGUCGAAAAACUUCGAGAAGAUGCUGCAAAAUUGGAAACAGAAAGAGAAGUUUUACUGUCAAUGUUACAAGGAAUUCAGGACAAAACUAGUCAUAAUAUGCCGGAGGUAGAAGUAGAAAAAGAAGAUAUUGAAGCCAUGGCUGAGAGACUUGUUUGCCGAUGUCUUACUGUGGAAAUAGGUGUAAUAACCCCAAGAACUGAAGAACAAGAGGCAGCAUUAAACAAAGUGAACAAACUAAUGCAUGAUAUUGAACAUCAAUUUACUGUUGACAUUGAAAAGUCACUCCCUAGAGCUAUUUCUUACUUAAAUGCUUGUCUCACAGAACCUAUGGAGGGCCACAUAGAUCACAGGUUUCAAGGAAUGGUUAUUGAGUGUACUAUAGAUGAUCAGAAAAAAAUCAAGAGGAGACUUCAAAGUCUAGUUGAGAUGUAUAACAAUUCAGAGGAAUUGAAUAAAUGAUAACUCGGGGCUUAUUGUAUAUUGUUUAAACUUGUACUUCCUGCUGUUCUGAAAUUAGCUCAAUAGGUUACAUGAUAAAAAGUAGUAACUGUAUUUUCUUACUUUAGUUUUCUUAAAGAUUAAAAAGUAUUAUCUGUAUAACUACUGUAUAUUCUUCCUUAGUUUGUUUACAUAUAUCAUGAAUGCUGGUUUCUGUACAUGUUAGUAGAUUGAUGUGGUAAAGCAGCUGUCUGGAGCUUCGUGUACUUUAUAAUAGAGAAUUACAUAACAUUACUUUUAAAGUAUUGUUAUUACAGUUGUUCCCCUUUAAUUGUAGACUCGUUGAACAAUGCUUCAUCAUGUAAUGUUACAGAUUAAUUUUUUUUAUUGUUAAUAAUGCUUGAGUGCUUUUUAUUCAAGUGUAAAUUCCACAUAUUAUACAGUUUGGUUUAUGGUUGUUACACUUGUGUCCAUUUUGAGCACAUGUAGUAAAUGAUCUCCACAACACAGAGAUAGGAUACAGGAUAAUUUCAUAUGAAAUUGUUUGUUUGGUUUUUUUUUUAAAUCAUCUUAAAUAUUCUUCAUACUUAUCAUCUGUAUAUAUUUACCUCAUAUUUCACCUUAUUUGUUUGCUUAAUUGCUAGUCCAUGAAAUUGUAACCAAUGAUUUUAUUAUACCUUGUACAUGUAAUAAUUUGGGAAAUAAAACUAACUCAUGACAAAAUCUUUAAACAAUCUGAUGUGUAGUAAUUGCACUCUGGGUAAUUUAGUAUCAUAUGUAUAAAUUUUAUGAAGAUGUAUUACAUUGUUAU